CGGAGAUACCAAGUUUAGGGUUGACGAAGGGUGAAUUCUUACGAUUACGGAAAAAAGACAGGAAGUGGAUCGAGUCGCCCUAGUGCCAAGGUGAUGGCGAAUCAAACGGAAUAUGGGAGGAAUAUUCCUACGAAUCCAUCGGCGUCAGAAGAGGCCAACGAUAGGCCAUGGGAAUCGGUGGGCAGAUGUUACACGCAAGGAGUGUGCCCGGAUGAUGCUUCGCUGGGGGAGGUGCUAGAAGAUGCUGACGGUAAACGGUUUGUGGUCAACAGCCAGGUCAACGCGGUGAAAGAUGCCUGGCUAAAAGACCAUACGUUGAUAGUCACUUUUCAAGGAGAAGCGAGGCAAUUGUCAAGGCAAGUUAAAGAAGACCUGAUUAGGGCGUAUGAAGACGGCUGGUUUGUGAAUAAACUCUUUGGCCAUGAUGCCGAACGAGAGCGAGUGAAUUUUGAAGGGGCAAACGUUGUGGCCUACGUGGCUAGGCCGGAGCGGAUAGCUACUUGGCUCCUCCGACAAAGGGAGUUAUCGAUUAAAUUGAAGGAUUCGGAAGAGUACAAAGUGACGUUCAAACCAUGGUUCCCUAUUCAAGAGUUGAAAGAAAUGAAACUACAAGAGGCCGAGGUGAAAUUUUGGAUAAUGGCGCUACGCGUCCCGCUGGAUGCAUACCAUUACCUACGAAGUGAGGUACAAGGGGAUAAACAAUCAGAACACUUUGAAGGAUCAGUGGAGAAAAGAUCUGCGAUGUCUAGCUCGUCAGCAGCGAAGAAUACAGAAAACGAAGAAAUGGUGGGAAACGCCAACUUGGGCGCGCGGGAGGAUCGACGAGCAGAUACAGUGCGGAAAAGUCAAGUGGAGAAGGUGCAGAGAAGAUUAGUACUUGUGCUUUGCACUAUGGCAAAUGAUGGUGUCUACUUCCUGGCCCUGGCCCAGAUAGAUGGUACUCCAAUGAUGUCGUCAGUGGACUUGGACCACUCACAUAUGCCUUCGGAGAUUGUCGAUUUCACGAAGUCAUUAUAUGGGCAACAUGUGGCCAUCAGGCUUAUUCCAAAAUCAACCAUGGUGAGUCUGAUUGUUGAAUCAGGGGAGAAAUACUACAAGUUGUACUUUCCAUUGCUGGAUGCCAGAUUACCUCUGGAACUGGUGGAUUCGUUGACGCAGGCCGGAGUGAGGUGGGUCCACAUGUCGAAGCUAUCUGACCAAUUCAUGGAAGAGCUUGAAUCCAUCAAGAUCACCCCAGACAUUUCGACGGUUGUGCUGAGAAACGUUAAUGAGAAAUUGCAAGAGGAAGAAUGCUUGCAAUCUUCGUUCCUCGCAAGGGCACUAACAGCAGACUGACAGACCAUCUCUGCAUCGAAUUCUUCUCAAGGGAGUACGAGAGACAAAUCUAGAACAACACGAAGAUC